AUGCACCGCUCGUAUUCUUUGGUCACAAUACGGGCAGCUAAGCGCCUCACUCCUCCCCCACUGCAUUCUGAUAGUUCACUUUGCCAUGUAUUAUUGAUUGUUACAUUAUCUAGAGUAUAG